AUGUGGCAUAUUAAAGCUUCUUUGGAUAUGGUUUCUGAGGUUCUGGGAAUUCUGAAUAGAUUUUGUUUUGUUUUUGCUUUUUGGAUCUUAUUUCUUUUUUUUCCUUUCGAAUUAAUUCUAGUGUUUGGCUUAUUGCUAGUCUCAAUUUCUUAUUCUGGAAUUUCAGAGUCUUUUAGUAUUUUCAUUGCUGGUAUAAGAUAG